GUGAUACAGAAUGACCACUCGCUGCUCAAGUGGGUGUCCACGCACCGGCUCCCUGGCAUUGCGAAGCUCGGGCUCAGCAGCGUGUACUUCUUUCUGAACUCGGGUCCUUCAGUUCUCAUAGCGGUGGACGUCACGGACCACGAAACGAACAUAAUGGCCGAGACAAAGAUCAAGGAGGUCAUGAAGCCGAAGCGGGUCGGCCAAGUAGAUGUGUACACGUAUGGCGAAGCAGACAGAUAUUUUGGCGUUGCUGAUGGAACACUGCCUGGCUUCACGUAUUUCGGCGUUUUGCCAGGCCACCUUCCUCGUGUUGUGGUCUUUGACGAUUCCGAUCACUGGGUCGAGGAUGCCCAGUACUUGACCGUGGAGAAGCUGCCCGAGCAUCUUCCACGCGUGGCAAGGAUGUGGAGAAUUAGCAGCACUCCUCGAGGAUAUGCCCUCUGGAUUGCGAAGAAGUUUGUGACGCUCUACCUCAAUGCGGACCGGGCAGCCGGGGCGACGCUGGGCUAUCCUGGGCGGGUCUUCGUGGUGCUGCUGCUGGCGGUGCUGGUUUGGGCCCAGGCACAUCUCGUGGUGUGGCUGGCACGCUCCGUUUUCAAUUUUUUCUACAACAUCGUAGAAGGUGAUGAGCAAGUAUCAGCCAAAGAGCAGGAGAGCAAGAAGGACAAGUGA